UAUAGAUUCUGGAGCAUCGACACAUAUGAGUUCUAGAAGAAAUUGUAUGUAUAACUAUGUAGAGGCUAGUAAUAAGGUAGAAAUAUUUUGCGCGGAUGGAGGUAAGGUAUAUGGUGAAGGUUUUGGUGUGAUGACGAAUGAGUCAUUAAAUAUUACUAUUGGAGGUGUAAUGUAUGUACCAAAGCUUGAAUCAAACCUAUUGAGUGUAAGUAGACUGGUCAAAAGCGACAAGGUUGUUGUUUUCUCAGAGAAUGGCUGUAAUAUCUAUAAUAAGAAUGAAUGUAUUGUGAAAGGUAAGAUUUGGUUGGAAGGUGUGCUUGAUAGAGGUGUAUACAAACUAAAAUCUUCUUCACAGGAAAGUGCAUUAGCGACUACACAAAGCGGAGGCUUGGAGCUAUGGCACAAAAGGUUAGCGCAUUUAGGAGUACGUAACCUUAAAUUGCUAAGAGAUAAAAUGGCAACAGGGAAAAACAAACUGGUAAAAAGUUAAAGGUCUUGAGAACAGACAAUGGAAGAGAAUAUGUAAAUAAUCAAGUAGACGAGUCUCUAAGGGAACAUGGCAUUAAGCGUCAACUCUCGAAUGCGUACACACCUGAGCAAAACGGAGUUGCCGAACGUGCAAAUCGCACUAUAGCAGAGAAGGCACGUGCGAUGCUACAAGAAGCAGGUCUCCCUACUCGUU